UGCACAUAACGCUCCCUGACAACAUACCUGACCUCCCUCCUGAGGAAACCGGUGCCUCUCAUUACACGCCUGAGAGCUGCAGCGAGCGGACGACAUGAAGCCCAAAUCCCUUCCAGUGAGACUUUUCGGCAGGAGUCCCUCAUCAGCAUCAGGUGAGGCUCCCGGCGUGCACCCUGCAGAGUAUCAGCGGCAUGUGGACCGCGCGGAUCACCCGGAGAGGCUGGAGGAGGCUGUCAGCGGGGAUGGCAGCGGGCGAGGUGAUAAGUGCCCCAGAGAAAUACACUUUGCGUUCCUGGCGGAGAGGUAUGAGCCCCUGGUCGAUGAUGAGGACAAAGUCAAGGCAAAAGAGGAGAAGAAGAGGAGGAAGAAAGAAAGCUACAAAAAAGUGAAGAAGAAUGUUGGCAAGGCACUGCGCACCACAUGGAAGUGUUUAAUCCUUGGCCUAUACAACUUUGCCCUGGGCUACUCUACUCCAAUCACAGUGGCAGCCGCAUUUGUCCCUGACUUUCACCAAGGCAGAAACCGGCCCUGAGCGGAGCUGCGUGGAUCAUCUGUGGACUGUUUUUUUUUUUUUAAAACUGUACUGUAUAUACUGUAUGUACCAUGGCCAAAGACUGUUAAUGUUUUGUAAUGUUUGUGUAUUUGAUAUAACAUUUUGAUACGCUGUAAAAACUCACACACGCUGAUUCAUGCGCUGAUGUUCAUUUGUAAAAUGGGAAAAGCUUAUGUUAUGGUGAUUUUAUUAUUUGCACUUGUGCUUCUGUGUCGUGUUCAGUUGACUUUUUUUCUCGCUUUUUGAAGAAGUUUUCAGGGCUGGCGUUAAAGUGAACAGACAGACAGACAAUACAUAUGGGAGGGAGCAGACUUCAAAAUAAAUGUACAAAUAAAACAUAAUUAGUUAAAUGUAACACUGUAAACAUUUAAAUUACCACUCACAACUUGUUAUAUAUUUUUAACCAGUUAAUAAAUGAAAUAUAAUUUUCUUUAAAUAUAGUAUCGAUCACUUCCAUCAUUGGGGGAAAAUAACACAAGACGAGGCUAAUUAAUCAUUUUUAGAAGUAAUUAUUCAAAGUAUUUACAGAUGAUGUUUAUCGAGUAAAAUCGGACACAAUACUAAUCGACUUCACAUUAUAAAUCCUCUGUAAACAGUUGUAAAUAUCAUGAUAUCAUUUUCUCUGUGUGUGUAUCUAAUUUAUCUCAGUUUGUAGUUAAAUUGGUCCAGAGUGGAGAAUGCUGGCAAGACGCAGCAGACCACAUGUAAGAGUUUAAUGCUUGGCCUGUGCAACUUUGCCCUCGGCUACUCUGCUCCGAUCACAUCGGCUGCUGCAUUUAUCUCUGACUUUCAAUCAGACAGAAGCGGACCGUGAGCUGAACUGCAUGGAUCAUCUCUAGUCUGUUCUCAAACCGUACUGUGCAUACUAUAUGAAGAUGUAUUCAAAACUAAAAAAACAUACAUAACUCUUUGCACUGACCAUUUUAUAUAUUAAAUGUACUCCUUUACUCUAAAUCGCAUAUUUUUCAUACCCAUGAAUAUUUGUAUUUUUUUUUUUAGGGAGGGUGGUGUGGGCAUGUGGUGCCUAGAGAUUAAUUGUAGCUGCAGAUGAAGUAUGUCAGGGCUGACAUAUCUUAUGGGAAAGACUUAAGGAAGUUAUUAUCAGUGAAGGAGUGGAGGAGACAAGUAAAGAGGGGAGUCAUUUAUCCUCUAAUGAACACUUAUACUUGGAAGUGAUAGGUUUAGCCAUAAGUUACAGUGGAGGUUUCUCUGUUAAAUAACUUUUGAAAAAAUAGUGCCAAACAUGUCAGCGUUUCUGUAUGUGUACGUUGGAUCGUUGGAUCACUUGUAAAGAUUUUCAAUUUUAUAAUAAAACUGAGUGUGUCCCAAAAUACA